CAAAAAUUGGACGAAAAAAUUCGCAUACAAAGACACGAAUCUUGUUUAUUUUCAAGAUACUGAUGAAUAACACCCAUAUCAAUCAAUUUAAUUUUAACUAAGAAUAAUACAUUUCUAUAGUUCUAUUAGGGCAUCAAAUCGUAAUUUUCAUUGUUGUCUUAGUUGUUUAUUGUUGAUGUGGAUAUUCAUUCAAGGGUACCACCAGAUGUGACCAGGCACAAUGAGUAGCCAGCACCAGUAUAUGAAUGUGAACAACACCCCCAGUACACGUGUUGGUGACAUUGAACACAUAAGUCACCUGUCAGAGCACAUCGGUUCCCUGUGCCUCUCGUCAGAGUACUCAGAUGUGACGCUGAUCGUGGAAGGGCAGCGCAUCCCUGCCCACAAGGUUAUCCUCGCUGCCAGUAGUGACUACUUCAGGGCCCUGCUCUAUGGGGGUAUGAGGGAGGCUAACCAGGCUGAAGUGGAAUUGCAGGCACCAUUGCAUGCAUUCAAAGCAUUGCUACGUUAUGUAUAUUCAGGCCACAUGGGGCUGUCGCUGCUGCGCGAAGACACAGUGCUGGACAUGCUAGGUCUGGCGCACCAGUUCAACUUCCAAGAGCUGGAGGCCGCCAUCUCCGACUACCUGCGCCAGGUGCUCGCGCUGCGCAACGUGUGCUCCGUGCUCGACGCGGCCAGAUUGUAUGGCCUGAACGCUCUCAUGGACUACUGCUACAACUUUCUAGACAGGAACGCCACCGAAGUGCUCCAACACGAUUCCUUUUUGCAGCUGUCCGUCGAAGCACUGCAAGGUCUGCUAGAAAGGGACUCGUUUUUCGCGCCCGAAGCAGACAUCUUCAAAGCGGUGUGCAACUGGUUCACCGCCAACCAGCUGUGGGUCAAAUCUGAAGGCGGGCAGGCGCAAGUCGAAAAGAUCCUAAAGUGCGUCCGCCUCACGCUGAUGAGCCUGGAGGAGCUGUUGACGGUGGUGCGGCCCUUCUCGCUGGUCACGCCCGACAUGCUGCUCGACGCCAUCCAGGAGAAGACGCAGACCAAGAGCACCGACCUGCCACAUCGCGGCUUGCUGUUGCCAGAAGAAAACGUGGCGACACCGAAGCGUGGCGCGCGCGUCAUAUCUGGCGAUAUGCGGACAGCCUUGCUUGAUGGUGACACUGAGAACUACGACAUGGAGCGAGGGUACACGCGGCACACCAUCAGCGACGCCGCCGACAACCCCGGCAUCCUGGUGCGCCUCGCCACCACCACCAUCAUCAACCACUUGCGACUGCUGCUGUGGGACCGCGACAACAGGUCGUACGCGUACUACAUCGAGGUGUCGGUGGACCAGAAGGACUGGGUGCGCGUGAUCGACCACAGCAAGUACUUCUGCCGCUCGUGGCAGAACCUUUACUUCGAGCCGCGCGUCGUGCAGUACAUCAAGCUCGUCGGCACCAGCAACACCGUCAAUAAGGUGUUCCACGCGGUGGCGCUGGAAGCGCUGCACACGGCGCGCGUGCCGCCGCUGUGCGACGGGCUCAUCAAGCCGCUGCACAACGUGGCCACCGUCGAGCUGUCCGCCGUCGUCAUCGAGGGCAUCAGCCGCUCCCGCAACGCGCUCCUGAACGGCGACACGGAGCACUACGACUGGGAGCAGGGCUACACGUGCCACCAGCUGGGCUCGGGCGCCAUCGUGGUGCAGCUGGCGCAGCCCUACCUGCUGUCGUCGCUGCGGCUGCUGCUGUGGGACUGCGACUACCGCCACUACUCCUACUACGUCGAGACCUCGCUCAACUACUGGGACUGGGAGAUGGCGUGCGACCGCACCCGCGACGCUUGCAGAUCGUGGCAAGUGAUCUACUUCUCGCCGCGGCCAGUGUCCAUCAUACGCAUAGUCGGCACCAACAACUCUGUCAAUGAGGUGUUCCACCUGGUGCACCUGGAGUGCCCGGCGCAGGUGGAGGAGGCGCGCGAGGACCCGGCCGCCAAGAAGCAGCGGCCCUCGCCGCAAGACACGCGCCUCAACCCCACCAACAACAGCAGCGCGUCAAGCGACAACCCGCCUCGAGCUGCGUCGCCGUGCGAGUCAAGCGCCAGCGAGCCGGCCGCGCUGCCGCCCGCCGAGACGGCCACGGAGGCCGAGGAGCGCUACGACGAGUGAGCCCCGCCCCCGCGCGCCCGCCGCCCCCGCGUCCGCAGCCUAAGCUGGCUGUGCUGCCAUCUGCUUCGGCGCGACACGCUCAUCAAGAAAUAGGACAAAGUUCACUGUUCAGUAAGCCGAAUGACACUCGCUAAGCACCACUCGAGUUCGGUCUUCACUCCCGCGGCUCAGUUGUUCAACCGUCGAAAGUCAACUGAGAGAUGAUUAAAUCGGUGUCGCAUUUUCUAUACUCGUAAACAAUCUACGUCUCUUUACGAACGAUCUUCAGAUUCGACCUAGCGAACCGAGCUGCGGUACUCGUUGAAAUGUAAAAUAGACCCUAAACGAAAGUGUUACCCGACUUCCUUGUACGUAAAACAAAAUGUUAUCUAACUCAUAGCUCCAGAAAGCUCAAAUACAAAAAUAUUUCGAGUAUACUCGAUAAAAAUAAUGCUUGGCAUAUUUUCGUCACAAAACUACAAUAUUACUGUGGCCUCUCAUGGUCCGUCCUAUUCUAGCAAGUUUCCUAAAUUGGCCUAGCUAAAAGUUAGAGCAUUGACAGACAUCACACAAUUUUUUUAGACCUAGUAAAUAGCUACCAGUAAAUGUUUUAGUAUUUUAAACACAAAAUCCUGUAUAUUUCUAAUUGUAUUAAAUUAAAUAGUGAACAAAAUGAAGUUGUUGCAUAAGUGUGGACAUAUUUUUGGUAACUUUGCAAGAUUUCAUAGAACGUAUAAACAUAGUUUUAAUAUUUUGACCUUGUUUAGUUAUUUAGUCUGUAAGCUAAUAUUUUCUAGUCUUUCUCUGUCAGAGUUGUAUUUUUCUUUGCCAUGUUACACUAAUAGUACUAAUAUUGCGAUAAACGGUGUAUUUGUGUCAAAAUAUAGGCGGUACUUGCCAUUAUAAACAAGGUAAGGUCUGUUUCGGCAAAUAGUUGUACAAAUAUAUCGUCAUGUAUCUGAUAAUCGCAAUUCCAUCAAAAUGAAAUUCAAAGUUACUAUUAAAUCAUAUUGUGCCUCGUAUGUAGCUGCAGGGUGACGGAAUUAAUACACCACCACUGCUUUGUAAUAAGUAAAACGCAAUCUGAAUGUAAUAUGUUUUCUAUAUAAGUGUAAUAAAAAAGCUAUGCAUAAUUAAUUGUUUAAGCUGUACCUUGUUAUUUUAGGGUGGAGAAGUUAUGAAUUUGUUUCUUUAGACUUCUUCACUGUUUAGAGGUUGUGAUAAUGAAGAUGCAAGAUAAGUUUCUUCUAUCAAAGUUUAUUGGGAACAAGAUGAAGUCAAGUCGGACUGAGUAUAUUGAAAUGUGGAUUAAAAAUUAUUUUGGAACAUUUAUGUUAAUGUUUGUAUUUUGUAAUCUCAUAUCUUGUUAAUUUUAAACUGAGUCAACAUCAGCAAUCACAUCACGAUGGAGUCUUUACCAGUGACCAUGGAGUCCUUUGUAAAAUCAUGUCAAUAUUUACAACUCUUUUACUCAUACAAACAUACUGGCAUGAUUGGCCCAAAUUUAUUUAAUGAUAUAUUUGGAGUGUUGGAGGCAGCUCAAAUCAUUUUGAAAGUCGAGGCGUGAUUUGCAAAUGUUGACACUUCCAUAGAUUAAGGAUGCUGAUAAAUCUAAAAUGUUCACUACCUUUAGAACAAAGUAAUAUUCUUAUCACUUUAUUAAAUUGUUUAUCAUAUAAUUUACAUAAUAUAGGCACUUUACUUAUUCUGUUUCAGUUCUUGAUCUGUUUUUGCUUUAGAAGUUGUAGUUUCUUUUCUUAUUUAUUAUUAUGAAAGAAAACAUACUAUAAAGAUAGUGAACAUAUUGGAAUUAGGCUCAGUGUUUAUGGUUGGUAAAUUUAGGAUACUGUGAUAAAGGUUUGACUAGUUUUGCAAUGUAGGAGUAAUUGGAGAUGUAGCAAGUUAAGUAUCAUUGUGGAGCUUUUAUUUAUGU